AAGUCACAUAAGGCUCAAAAUGCAGUAGGAGAUCACGGUGGGGCGCAAGAACCGCAAUGCACGCCGGUGUGCAACCAGGCAAACAAAGCCGAAAUGUUGGAUCUUUGACCUGCUUUAAGCAGGUCAUAUUUCCUAUGGAACCUGUGCCGAUGCAGUCGACCGUGCAAGCAGACUUUAUUCACCAUGCACAUUUUCAAGCACCUCUUCCUUUGUCAAAGGACACCUCGUCAAUCUUGACUAAGGACCAACUGGAAGGGAAGUUCCAGGGGUUGACUUCUUACUCCGAGGACUAUACCAAAAAGUCUGCACGUGGCUGCCCAAGGCCACUGGUUGCCAGCAAUCCUGUUUAUUCGCGGCACUUUCUACAGCACGCUGGUUGCGACAAGCUUGCCACUACGUACGGUGAUCACUUCGCUCCACGAGAGGGCAAAGGCCCAAAGGGACAACCAGACGCGCCACAGGGUCACCCUGUGGGUGAUCAGAGUGAUUACCUCGAUAGCCACUCCUCUUCUUUGACUUCUUUCAUGAGGACUCGGCGGUUUGAGGGACAAACCAGCUACGCGCGGGAAUUCAACAAACCCGACAUUUCAGUGCCAGAAGAAGGAAAGAAGACAGGUGAUGAGAACCAGUCCAACUUGACAGAUGCAGCACGAGCAUGCAUUUUUGAUAGCCAGAGUAUUUAUCAAGAGUCUUUCCUGAAACACAGGAAGCCUGUAAGGCAAGAAACUCUGAGGCCAACUGGGGCGCUUCACGGAGGAAUGGCCUUUAGUGGAAUCUCUGAGUACACAUCGGUUUAUGCUAAUUGGCCCCGCCUCAAAAAAUGGAGGCUUUCCUAGGUUCGAGGAUGCUUGAAUGCUGGACAAGCAUCACUAGAAAGAACACCAUGUCCGUACAUGCUUGCCCGGGCUUACUCUUGUAUCACACAUGUUUCACUUUUGGACAAACUUUAGCAGAUUCCCCGCCAAAACCUGCGGCAGAUCUGCCAUUCAAAAAUGAAGCCAGUGUCGCAGGGCUUGAGAUGGCUUGAGACUUCAGACCUUGGCAUCCAUCGGCUGGAGAAUUGCCAGAGAGCUUGACAAGGUGGUUUUGUGCUACGCAGUGAGCAUGGUUCCGGAUGUGGCUCAAGGAGGGCCCUGUCCUAGCCGAGACGAGGGGUGCGGCGCACAGUCCAUACUCAAAGGCUUGUUGGGGAGCGGAAAGGAUCAAGGCACCGGUACAGAGGGUUGAGGCUCGAGGACUCUGAUUACCACCUCCUGAUGAUCACGUCACAUGCUUGAUAGGACUUGCACCGGAGUAUGUAUAGAUUCGUCAGGUUGUUGUUUUGCUAAGGCAUGAGCUGGUGUUCGCCGUUUGGGAGAAGAACUUCCUCUUGGAUAAUUAUUCAAGCUAAACAUGGCUUGCUAACGCUGCUAACGAACCACAGGUUUUGCCAAUCAAACCUUUUGUUCAGGCAACCCUGUUGAAGAAGACCAGACCCAGCCAAGAGAGGGCGUGCUUGGCAUAGCCACAGAAACCGGACAGAUUGCAACAGGUUUUAGAUUCAAGACGUAACUUGCAUUUUGUAUACAUUUGAUUGCAAGAUGUGCAAGCGUGAAAUUCAGGGUUUGGACGCGAGGUUGCCCUCACAGACGAGUUCAAGCCAGCAUAACUGGUGUUGUUGCUGCACUGCUUUUGCCGUGGUUCUUCCACGUUCUUUAUGUUCUUCAUAAUUGCCGCGGCUAGUCUAGUCUAGUCUUGUUCUUCGUGCAGCUGCAUGACGACAAACCUGAAACCUGCCUUUGCACAUCGCUUGAGCACAGCUGGAAGCUGUUUCCAGGUGCAUGUUCUUGGUGCAGACCCGAGGCUGGUUGAGGUUGCAGUUUGCAAAGGGCCAAAUGGCCGGGCAUGAUGGGCAUGUGACGCAGGGA